UGUUAUAGGGGGGUCGACUGUAUUAUUAACGUAGUAAUUAUUCGUAAAUCUACAAAAUUUUGGGACCAUUAACGCGUGGAAUGCUAAAGUUUGUUCUGUUUGUAUCCACGUUUCGGGUUAUGUAACUUGGAUCUCGUUGCAAAGUGCUAUCUUUAUGUAAUUUGUAUAGAAAUAUUACCCUAAAAUGAUGACUUAUUCGGUAACCUUCAGCGAUGCAACUUUGCACACCCAUACAUGAGUUUGCUUUAAUCCAGCUGCACGUGAAACAUAACUGAUAAGAUCCUAAUUAAGUCACGCUUCGGUAAUUUUUAGUCAGAAGGUGCGGCCUAGCCUUUAAAAAAAUAUGCAAACAGCAGAGAAAUCAAAAUUUUGUGUCAUCCGAGUGGCACGAUCCCGUUGCACACUCCGGAAAUGACUUGCAACACGUUUUAACAACUUUAUAUGAAAAUGCGGUUAAAAUGGUGAAUUUUUAAAGGAAUUUUAUACAGUAAAAUCCGAGCUACACACACACAAAAUUUAAAUAUCACUAAUAAUAAUUUUACAUUCAAAAUUUUGGGUUUUUUUUAUGGAGGGUUUUCAAGUAAAUUGUGUUGCAAGAUCAGAUCUCGUCAUAUAGAAAGGAUUCGUUUAGAUGGCAAAGGCAUUUUUACUUAUAUAAUUGCAUAGUGAUCAAACAUUCUAAGUAAAUACAGAAAUAAUUCUGAACUAAGCAUAAGUAUGCUGACUUUGCAUAGUGAUAUAGAUCGACUCUACAGAUUAUUUCAACCGAAGUACCUUAUUUGCAAUAUGUCCAGUGUAUUUACAUUUGAAUAUAUUGCAAAUAAGAUACUUCGUUACAAUUUGUAAGCAAAGAAGAACUUAAAUCAAUCAACUUUAGCAAAUAUCUGACUGCAAUAUUUAAAUAUCUCGAGUGGGUUUGAGUUAUAAAAAAGCAUUUAAACUAUGAGAUCUAUUACAAAAUCUGAAACUUAAGUUUAAAAACUUAUAAAUUAUGUAAUCUGUAUGUAAAAACAGUCGAAGAAACUAAGAAGAAUGGCAUUCUUGCCGAGCAAAGAUUCAAAGUAUGGCUCCAAUGAAAAAAAAAAAAAAAAACAAAAAUGGCGGCGAAGUAUAAGCGCCCAUUAUGUAUAGAAGAAAUCUAUUUUUAUGUAUUCCGCGCAUACAUUUACCUCAUGUAAACCGAUACACAUUUAUAAAAUUAUCAAGGACGGUGCCUCGUUUAACUGGUAUAUCAUGUGUCACGAGAAGCGAUUCAGCAUAUUUCUCAUGUGGGUCAAAAUGAUUAAAUUUUCAUCGUGAGAAGUCGAAAAAACCGUUUCAAUAACUUUAGCCACUUUUAGAAGUUAUUGUUGAAAAGUCGAUGUAAGGGUGUGCAAAAAAGUUCAAUAACAUCAUUUUUCGUCCAAUCGCUAUCCGGUCGAGUCGUAAGUAAAAAGUGUUAUUGCGUAACGCGAUUGCAAACAGAUGUCAGUAACGAUGACGUCCGAGCAACACGUGAACAGCGAGUGACCCGAAUGGCUACGAAGUUUAGUAAAUACUAACGACAUCUGCUGUCCGAAAUUAUAAUUAAUCGCCAUAUAUCUGUAUUGUGUCGUAAAGUGUUGCCAGUUUUGCGAAAGAUUUAUUUUAUGCACUAAGAAAAAUUAUAUUGAUAAUUAUUUAAUGCGUUGUUGAAAAUAUACAAUAUUUUAGAAUAUUUCAAGUGAAUAAAUUGCACAAAAGCGAUGGAAUAAGUUUAAAUUAAAAAAAAUGUAAUAACAAAUAAUUGCCACACUCGAAACAGAGCUGGGCUCGGGUUCGAGUCCGGUUAUUUUUAUGAGAAAGGCGCUACUCUAAAGGAUUCCGGCCCAACAGUGUCCGAAUGGAUAAAACUAUUGAACAUUGGUAGUUGGACGUGGGUUCACGCUUCGCCACCGGGCUAGCCAAUUUUCCAUAUAAAGUUUUCUCGGUAGGCAUUGUCCUACGGCAGAUCGCCCACAAGUCGCGUGGCAAUAUAGUAACAAUCCAAUCCUAACGGAUUCGAUUAAAAUUAAAUUCUCGUGGGUGGUACCAAAUAUGUCUGGCCACUUGAAUGUCUUAUAUGCAAAUCUGGCCGAAGUUAUGGAUUUUCGAGAAAUGAUCUAAUGAUAUAUGCAAGACAAAAAGAAGUUUAUUAAAGCAAACAUUAUUUUGAUUUUUGAUGAAUUAAUUAUAUUUUUUAAUUUCUAUAUUAUUUAAAACAGCUAUUUGACUAUGAAACGAUAAAUCCAUCGAAUUUCUCAACAGCUGGCGGUCUGUCUAGUGCGUUUGUAGAGAACGGCAUUUCUUUGAACGCUCAAAUGCUGUCGAUCCGCCAUAUUUAAUCCACUUGUUAUUGCAUUUUAUGUUUAAGCAAAAUCCAGUUUUCAAUAAAAUCAGGGCCGUAACAUGAUGCAGAGAGGCGGCCGCAUCAGGCGGCAUAAGCAGCAUUUAAGGAGUGGCAUAAGCGGCGGCAUUUCGAAGACUCGCAUCAUACUGAGAAAAUCUACCACACGGCCCUGAAUAAAAUACAUAAUUUUAUUAUUCAUAAUUUCUGGGAAUUUUUCGACUUGUUCGGAUUCGAACCCGAGUUUUCCAGAGCGGUAGGCUGCUAUCUUGACCGCUCGGCCAUCCGGUCACUUAGGAAGGACUAAAUAUGGCGACACUAGACUCAAAUGCUGUGUUUUAUGAUUAUAUCUAAAUCAGAGUAUAUCUAUUAUUAAUUAAUAAAACAGUUGAUAGUGACUUUUUUAUUGCAUUUUUAUUUAGUAUCGCUAUGUUCUAUUAACUUAAAAUAUAUAACUCGGAGGUGAUGUUGGGUAUUUACUUUUUAAGCUGAUUUCUGGGUUGUGUGCUGAAAAAGAGUCGUUGGCGUGCCAAUGAUUCCCUACCCCUAAUCUAAACCAUUCAGUUUGAAAAGUUUGGUUAUAUUAUUGAAAAUAAUCAACAAAGUGUUUAUUUUAUGGAAUAAUUUUUCAACUUAAGUCAAAGAAUUAAUUUUAUUCCAAUUCUCGUGAUUUUUCAAAGAAUAAUUUGACUUUGAAUUUGUUUCUCAUUCCAUGAUAAUGCUAAUCAAUUAUAUUAUGCGCAGACCUCUAUAACAUACAAAAUUGAUUCUUUCCUUAGAACACAAACGCAUCGAUUCUUCAUAAAUCCAAUUCAAUUGAAUCCAUCUUGUCUAUUCCAAACGUUUAUUCAAGAUUAUCACUGUCAGAAAGAACUAUUCGAUUGACCCGUAACCUACAAAUUGAUAAAUUAGCAACGAAUAUCCUCUAAUUAGAAUAUUUUACGUAAAUUAUUUUUGUCUAUUUGGCAAGCUUGUUGUUAUUGCGACAUAAAAAAAAAGAAACGUUUUGCAAUACGACAGGAAAAUUUAGUGCCGAGUUAUACGAAUUUUUCUCACGUUUUGAGUCGUGUUACGUCCGUCAACGUUCUAUCUACCUGUCCUCAUUUCUCUAUCCGAUGUUUAUGAUGACGCACAAAAUUCUAGAGAUUUACGAUCUCUAGAAUUGUUUUACGAUCACUUAGAAAUUGUUUUCAGAUAUUAUGUGAAUUUGAAAAUUUGGCCCUCUCCAUACCUUAUAACGUUUCAUAUUUAUCUGUUAGAAUCAGUUGUAUAUAAACGCAUGUUUUUAGCGUUUGAUUGUGAAGUUUUCAAUGAGUUUGUAAGUUUGUUAAUUGCUAGACUUUCACGAGUUUAUCAUUAAAAAAGCUGCAGCCAUGUUUAGUUUUUUUUUUUAAUCCAAGUGAGUUAUGAAUUAAACUGUAAGCGUUGCUUAUUUACAGGUUUGAACCGCCAACAGCGAAACAAAUGAUUUUAAUCUAAAAUAUCGGAUGGCCGAGCAGUUAAAAUGUCGGUUUACCGCUCUGGGGAUCGGGAGACGAAUUCGGAUGGGUCGAAAAGACAGAAUUUUUCUGGAGAGUGUUCCUUCCGAAUAUGUCGGGCCUCAUUCUUCGCCAUCCACCGCCCCAUUGUGGACCCGGCCGAACCAACGAUGGACUUGACAAAAAGGCCCACUUAGGGGACAGGGCAGAGUUUAAAAAAAUGAAGUUUUUUAAGGCUUUAACUCUACACUCAAUCUCUAAUUCUUGAUACAAAAACAAAAGUGAAUUUCGAGAAUAAAAUUGGCAACAUUUACCCUCGACGACUUAAGCGCCCCGUGCGUCUAUCCGACGAAACGAUCGGAUAAACAUGGCAGCUUGCAUGGUUAAUUUUUACACGUGAAAAUCACGCAGGGAGAGAUGCGAUUUACGAAAUGAGAUGAUGAAAACCGUAUUACUAAUCGAACCGUUCUACGCUGGAUCUCACAAACAAUUAAUAGAUCUUUUAAACGAAGAGUUCAGAUCGUCGACCGACUUGUACACGUUGCCUGGCAAAAAAUGGCACUGGAGAGCCAGAACUUCCGCUCUUCACUUCUCACAAGCGUUACCUACGCAACACGACUUCCGAGUGCUGUUUGCCAGUUCCGUUUUGAAUCUGGCAGAACUGAUUGCCUUGAGGGGUGACCUGACCAAAUUACACAAGGUCCUUUAUUUUCACGAAAAUCAAUUACUGUAUCCGGUGGAGAAACGACAAGAGAGAGACUUUCAAUAUGGUUAUAAUCAGAUCAUCUCUUGUUUAGUUGCAGACGAGAUAGUUUUUAACUCUCGCUUCAAUCAAGAAUCUUUCCUGCACGCCCUAUCGACCUAUUUCACUAUAAUGCCGAAGCCCAGACCAAAAGAUCUGGAAUCGAAAAUCCGUCCCAAGUGCAGAGUUUUGUAUUAUCCGUUAACUAGUAUGGCUCUAAAUGAAAGAUUGAAUGGUUUACUCGAAGGAGAUGAAUGGAACAAUUUGUCCGAGAGCCAAUGUACAUCUCUGAGCAAGAACAAAGAUUCUUCUGAUGUCUUGGAUGAUUUGACACCAUUGCAUAUUGUUUGGCCUCAUAGAUGGGAGCAUGACAAGAAUCCAGAAGAGUUUUUUGAAGUACUAUACUGCUUAAAAGAACAACAUUCCUUCAGAUUAUCAGUAAUUGGGGAAUCUUAUUCAGAAAUUCCAGAUGUUUUUAGUAAAGCAAAAGUGGCGUUAAAGGAAAAUAUUGAUAAUUGGGGUUACCGGGAGACGAGAGAAGAAUAUCUUCGCGUCUUAGCAAGUGCCGAUGUAGUAGUGUCUACGGCAAAACAGGAGUUUUUUGGAGUGGCAAUAUCUAUAACAAUAACUUAUAUGCCUUCAGGUUAGAAGCCAUUCAACACAGAUGUUAUCCUCUCUGUCCCAAUAGACUGGUGUAUCCAGAGAUUUAUCCUGGUAUGUAUAUUAAAAUAGAGUUUCAAUGAUUAUGAUUGAAUUAAACAGACAAAAUGUUAUAUUUUCAAUUUGAUUCUGAUUGAAAUCAUUCAGGAAUAAAGGUCAAUGACAAAGCGGGUGUAAAACUCUACUAGACAACUGAUUGAAACAACAUGAAUUUUAAAAUAUAUUCUUUCUAUAAUAGUAACCAAACCGUCUGUAGCACUUUUGAAUGUAAUGCUAGGAAUUGAAUCAUAGCUUUCACAACUGCAACCCAUACCACUAAUUUAGUAGUGUGUCAGCAGUGCUGCUAAUGUGCAACACUACUGUCUGGUUUCCUAAUUUCAUUGCCAAGUCUUGAAAUGAUUUUUCGGAUGUGAAAAUAAUUAAUUUGUUUAAUGAUUUACAACAAGAUAAUCUGAAUUUUGUAAGACCAAUGGAUGGACACAAUCUUUUCCCCAUUUCUUCUUUCCUACAUGUGAGCCACAUUGCUCAUAAGUCACCUUCCAGUUUCAUACACACUUGGAGGUGAUUUUUUAAAUGUAAAUUUUUCACAUGUGGGCAGCACCGCCACUGCCAAGCAAAGCUGCUAUGUGGCCUUUGAGGCUCUUAUGGUAACAUUUCAAUUGAGCCAUGCAAAUCUAAAUUAGUAGAUUGCAGAAUCUAUAACUUUUUUUACAAUCAUAUUUUGUAUUUAAAAUGUCUCAUUCAUGCAGCUUAGUAUGCAAUUAUUUUAAAUAUAUAUAAACUCCUUGAAUACUUUACACUUGAGAACCUUAAAAGUCCAGUAAUGACACUUUAAUGGAAAACUAACGUUUUCGACCGUACCCCAGUCUUCCUCAGGUUUUUAAAACCAGUAAGAUUCGAACUUGGAAUGCAAAGAAUAACAUUUACAUAUUAUUUUUAAAAAACCUAUGGAACAACAUGUUCAAAAAUUAUUUUAAAAUCCGUUGUCAGAAGAGCUACAUUUAUAACAUUGACCUACAGAUCAACCAGUGUGAUCAUUUUUUUUAAGUUCUUGUGCUUUGACUUUUUGUCUUUGUGGAGUGUUGUGUAUUUUGCAUUAUAGUGAACUUGAUUAAUUCUUAAGUAGAUUACAUUUAAUUUAAACACUAUUGUUUCCUAGCCAGAGAACAGACACUUUCUGACAAAGUAUGUCAUUAAUAAAGACUUACAGAAAAUAUUCUGACUUAAUUUUGCUCUAUAAACAUUGUCUUUGGGUAACAACUACUAGAAUAGCCAUUAAAUUGAAGAAAAUAAAGUUCAAUUUUCGUGUACACCCUGGAGCAGGGGUGGCCAACCUUUUUGGGAAGAGUGCCACUAUCUGAAAAAACAAUUUAUGCAUGCCACUUCCAACUUUUCCAACAUACUAAAAAAUAUUAAAAGGUGAAAAAAAUGUUAUUUAUAAACUGAUUAUGGAAUUUUUAUGCAAAUAGCACAUGUUUUCUCUUGUAAGUCUGAGUAGUGGAGAUUUGUUUUAUUUAUUAUACUAUUUUUUAAAAGUACAAACUUAG